AUGGAAAUUGCAUUAAAUUGUAUAUUCCUAGGAAAUUGUUAUGCUUUUUCAGUUAAAGUUUGUUAUAUCAACGUUAUUGGUGAUAAAGCUCAUGUCAAUUCUCAGUUAAUGACUCAAGUUAACAUUGCUCUCAGUGAUAUAGAGGAGCUUAAAGAACUGAAGGAUUACAAGGAUCAUGGUAAAAUCCACAUAAUUGUACAUGUUCCCGCCGCCACUGCCGCAGUUCCUUUCCAGCAAGGAGUUCCACAAGGUGCGGUUGAUUGGAAUAAUGUUGAUUCAGUUUAA